CGCGGCCAUUCCCGGGGAUGUGCGCGGCUCCCUCGAGAGAUGAUUCUCCUUGGACUAUAAAGUGUUUCAGGUGGCAGAAAUGGCAGAUCCCAUCCGCUGGGCCCGAUACCGCUGGCAGCGACUGAUACCAACAGAGGGCAGAGAAUGCAGCAGCAACAGUUCAAGUAACAAGUACUAUCAGCCAUCAAAAACUACUGGCAAACAUAGGAUAGUGAUACCCUGUUUGGGACAUUUUAAAGAAGAGUAUGAAAAAGUAUCAAAACUGUACAUGAAUAACAAAAUACGGACUACUAGGUAUACUUUAUUGAAUUUUUUACCACGGAAUUUAUUUGAACAGUUUCACAGAGUUGCCAAUUUAUAUUUCCUCUUUCUGGUUGUCCUAAAUUGGGUUCCUCUAGUUGAAGCUUUCCAAAAAGAAAUUACAAUGCUACCUCUGAUAGGGGUUCUGACAAUUAUUGCAGUGAAGGAUGGUCUGGAAGAUUAUUCAAGGUACAAAAUGGAUAAACAGAUAAACAACUUAGUAACCAAAGUAUAUAGCAGGAAAGAGAAGAAAUACAUAGAUGAGUGCUGGAAAAAUGUCAAUGUUGGGGACUUCGUCCGGCUUUCACGCAAUGAAAUCAUUCCUGCUGACAUGGUGCUGUUAUAUUCUAGUGACCCAGAUGGGAUCUGUUACAUUGAAACUGCAGGCCUUGAUGGAGAAACCAAUCUAAAGCAGAGACAGGUGGUGAGAGGAUAUUCAGAGCAGGUCUCUGAAAUUGAUCCAGAAGAAUUUUCCAGUAGAAUAGAGUGUGAAAGUCCUAACAAUGACCUCAAUCGUUUCCGAGGCUUUCUUGAGCAUUCCAACAUGGAUCGAGUGGGUCUCAGCAAGGAAAACUUACUGCUCCGAGGAUGCACAGUAAGAAACACAGAAGCUGUGGUAGGCAUAGUGGUAUAUGCAGGUCAUGAAACCAAAGCUAUGCUGAAUAACAGCGGCCCUCACUACAAGCGCAGUAAAUUGGAAAGAAAAGUGAACACUGAUAUUCUUUGGUGUGUUCUGCUUCUACUUUUGAUGUGUUUAACUGGUGCAAUAGGUCAUGGAAUCUGGUUAAGUAGGUAUUCGGAAAUACCUUUUUUUAACAUCCCCAGGCCAGAUGGGACAUCGAGUCCUCCAGCAUUAGCAGGUUUCUAUAUGUUCUGGACGAUGAUAAUUUUAUUACAGGUCUUGAUCCCCGUUUCUCUCUAUGUUUCAAUUGAAAUUGUCAAAUUGGGACAAAUUUAUUUAAUACAGAAUGACAUUGAUUUUUACCACGAGAAAACAGACUCAACUAUUCAGUGUCGAGCACUAAAUAUUGCUGAAGACCUUGGCCAGAUUCAGUAUAUUUUCUCUGACAAGACUGGAACCCUCACUGAAAAUAAGAUGGUUUUUCGGAGAUGCAGCAUUGCAGGACAGGAGUAUUGCCAUGAGGAAAAUGCAAAGAGGUUGGAAUCCUAUCAAGAGAUGGAUUCAGAGGAUGAGGAUUCAGCUGAUUGUCAGUGUGGCUCUUCAACCCAUACAUCAAAAUGUCAGGGGCAUAACUGCAGAGCUGUGUGUGAACCCUUGAACAGAAAGUCUCUGAACCAGUUGUCUGGUAGUUACUCUGCAUUCAAAAGGCAAGAUGAAGCAGGUGAUAUUCCCAGCUCAGGACACAUGGCUUUCAGCAGUCCCAUUGAGACAGAUGUUGUACCAGACACACAGCUGCUGGAGAAGUUCAGUCAAAUUUCUUUUCAUUCCUAUCAACAAUCAGAAGAAGCUAGCAGCAAGUUAUCUUUGGAGACAACGUAUAUCACUGAUUUCUUUCUUGCUCUGGCAGUCUGUAAUACUGUUGUGGUGUCAGGCCCCAAUCAGACACGUCAGAAGAUGAGACUCUCUUCGCUGAGUAGGAUGCCUAUUAAAUCUCUUGAGGAAAUCAGGCAAAUGUUUCAGAGGUUUUCAGUCUGGAGACUAAGUUCUUCCCCCCUUCCAAGUGUAAAGGAGUCAUCAUCUGAAAGCCCCAAUAGUUUUGUGAGAAAACUGUCUAUUUUUAGAAUGAAACUGGCUUCACCUACUUUGGAUGGAGAUGCUCGGAGGAUUUCUGAACCUCACAAUACUGACAGCCCAGAAAAUUCUCAAGUGCCUGGAGAGCUACAGCUAGUGAAUGUCGCUGCUGGAGGUGAACCCAACCAUGCUGUGCCAUCCAUCGAAUUAUCUCCCAUACCAAAACUAUGUUAUGAAGCUGAGAGUCCAGAUGAAGCUGCCUUGGUUCAUGCUGCUAGGGCUUAUAAAUGUGUUUUACAGUCUAGGACUCCAGAUCAAGUAACUGUGGACUUUGCAGGCCUGGGCUCUUUAACGUUUCAGCUUUUGCAUAUCCUGCCUUUUGAUUCACUGCGGAAAAGGAUGUCAGUGGUGGUUCGGCAUCCAGUCUCCAACAAAGUGGUGGUGUACACAAAAGGUGCAGACUCAGUCAUGAUGGAUUUGUUGAGAAAUGCAUCUGAAGUACAUACUAAUAAUUCUGAAAUUGAAGAGAAGAUCAAAGAGAGAACUCAGCAGCAUUUGGAUGAUUAUGCCAGAAGAGGACUGCGCACUCUGUGUAUUGCUAAGAAGGUGAUGAGUGAUGCAGAAUAUGCAGAGUGGUUAAAUCAUCGUUUUUUAGCAGAAACCAGCAUUGACAAUAGGGAGGACCUCCUGCUUGAAUCUGCCAUGAGGCUUGAGACCAAACUAACUUUGCUUGGUGCCACUGGCAUUGAAGAUCGCCUGCAGGAGGGUGUUCCAGACACAAUAGAGGCAUUACGGAAAGCUGGAAUAAAAAUAUGGAUGUUGACAGGUGACAAGAGAGAGACACCUGUCAACAUUGCCUAUGCUUGUAAACUGCUGGAACCAGAGGACAGGAUCUUCACUCUUAAAUCACAGACUAGGGAUGCCUGUGCCUUGGUAAUGAGCAAAAUUUUAGAAGACAUACAGAAGAAUGCUUCUGUCAAAAAAAACCACAGUGAGAAACUUGGAAAUAUCUCUGCAAGUCCCUCCACCCAACCUCAAGGGUUCAAUUCAGGCCUGGUUAUUGAUGGAAGGACUUUAGAACAUGUCCUUCAUGACAGCCUACAGAAUAUUUUCUUGGAACUCACAGAAAAAUGUCGGGCUGUAGUCUGUUGCCAAGCCACACCACUGCAGAAGAGUGUCCUGGUCAAACUGGUGCGAAGUAAGCUAAAGGCAAUGACAUUAGCUGUAGGUGAUGGUGCCAAUGAUGUCAGUAUGAUCCAGGUGGCUGACACUGGUGUGGGAAUAUCUGGCCAGGAAGGCAUGCAGGCUGUGAUGGCAAGUGACUUUGCAAUCUCUCAGUUUAGACACCUCAGGAAGCUGCUGCUUGUCCAUGGUCACUGGUGUUAUACCAGACUUACCAACAUGGUGCUUUACUUCUUCUACAAGAAUGUGACCUACGUGAAUCUCCUGUUUUGGUACCAGUUUUUCUGCGGGUUUUCAGGCACAUCAAUGACUGACUACUGGAUCUUGAUUCUUUUCAAUCUCCUUUUUACAUCGGUGCCACCCAUCAUUUAUGGUGUCUUGGACAAAGACGUAUCUGCAGAGAUACUCAUGGAACUUCCACAGCUUUACACAAUGAGCCAGAAAUCUGAGGCUUACUUGCCUUCAGCUUUCUGGAUAACCUUGCUGGAUGCUUUUUACCAAAGUCUCGUUUGCUUUUUUGUGCCUUACUUUACUUACUGUGGCUCAGACAUAGACAUUUUUUCUUUUGGAAACCCCAUAAACACAGCAGCACUCUUCAUAAUGCUGUUUCACCUUCUCAUUGAGUGCAAGUCUGUGACGUGGAUACAUACAGUAGUUAUAGUUGGCAGCAUCCUGUUUUACUUUGUGUUCACUUUGGCUAUUGGAGCAACCUGCAAAACCCACAGCCCACGACCAGAUUUUUACUGGACCAUGGAAAAGCACAUAGCAGACCCAGUAUUUUACUUAGUUUGCCUCCUGACUACUUGCAUUGCUCUGCUACCCAGAUAUUUGAUAAGAGUUCUCCAAGGAACACUGUUUCCAUCUCCGGUGUUGAGAGCCAAGUACCUUGUCAGACUGUCCCCCGAGGAGCAGGGGAAAGAAAUCAAGAGAUGGAAAGAUGAGUGCAAUGUGAAUUAUAGGGUGGACCUCCAACCUACUUCUGUGCCUUCCAGCUCAGCUGCAGGUGCUGUGUCAGUGGAAAAAAGCACUGACAGUGUUUUGCCAGCAUCUAAAACACCUCUUCAGACCUGUUCAAGAGAUGGGUGCACGUAUUCAGAGUAAGAUCUUCCAAAGCCUUCUGACUAAGCCAUGGCAUCAAAAUAACUACAUGAAGAAACAUGAAUGGGAGUCAUCUGUAGGACCUGAGACCAUGAUGCCUCUGGGACAUUUAAAUUGCUAUUAUGUGACUCUUUACAAGUCUCAGGACUCCAUUACUAACAGCUUAGUGCAGUAAGGCUUUCAGGACACCGUUCCUCUCUGCUGAGAUUGUAAGUGCUUUUGUACCACAUGAAAUAGUGAAAAAUAACAUGUAUAUGUGUGUGUGUGUGUUGCAUAUUGGUAGUCCGUAUUACUUAAAACUCCUCUGCAGUCUGUGUUUUAUUAGAGGAUUUCAACAAGUAGUCUGGGUCAUAACAUAAUUAUCUGUUGGGUAAAGCUUGUUUUGGGGGUUAGGGUUUUUUUUUUUUUUUGCUUGAUUGUUAGUCUUUUUGGUUUUGAGGUUGGGUUUGUUGGGGUUUUUUUUUUGUGGUGGACAAACAGCAGAAAUAGCUGAGGGCAUUUGCUGUGAUUACUUGCUGUCUUUUACUGAAGAGGAAAUGAGGGUCGUGAAUCUUUAAUGAAAGCUUUAAAAUAUUAAUUGGCCAUAACUCAAGUAGUGCCAAAUGAAGGGUGGAAACUCCCUGUGCUUUCCAGAACUUCAAUGUUGCCUUUAUUAUUUUUUUUAGCACUGAAAACGUCAUAGUCACCUGCUUGCUUCUGCACUUAGGCACAGCAUGAUCUGACUUUUCCAUUUUGAAAAUAAGCUUUUUAAGAGCAUCUCACAGGUCCCUUCCACAUGUCAUGAAAGGAAGCACAGCAUUUACACUUCUUUGAUUUUAAAACAAACCAAAACAACCACCUUCAGCUGCCCCAGACUUUGCAGCUACAUCUAUAACAGUCUUAACUCUGAUUUUGAUAUUCAGUGUUUGAUUUACAGAAGAAAGGACGUUUUAAAUUUUUUUCUUUCACAGCAACCACACCUGUGCUAAACAUUUGCAGGUGGCAGUCAACCACAGCCUUUGCUGAGUAUUUUGGCAGCACAGUGAGCUUUGGUGUGUACCUGGGGCACAGUUUGAGCUGAUGUUUAGCCCAAGCUGUUUUUUCCACAGCCCCACUGGCCGCAGCACAAGGCUGAGGACUGCCUGAGGACGAGCUAAAGCAGAGAACCCACUUCUCCCACUGGCCCUGGCUCUUGGCCAAGGCUAAUGGGCAACUUUUUAUUAUUUGUUCCUGUUUUAUUCUGAUUAUGCUACUUUGCCCUCAUGCUCCUGGCUUCCUUAUUGCAGUGGAAAGGUAAAUUUUAGCUGUUUUAAGCUUCUGUCUGCUUAUUAUUUUGAUUUCAGCAUGUGUACAUGUUGUUAAAACUCUGUGUACAACUUAUAAGAGAUUUUUUGAUUUAAAACUAAUUGCAUUCCAGAGCAAAAUUGUAGAACAAAAUGUGUUCAGAUUGCAGAUUUGAUUGCAGCUUUAGUUUUUGAUUUCUAAGCUCAGAGUAGUUGAUGGCAGCAGUAUUCAUAGUAGUAUUCUGUAUUGGAAGCAUACACACAGAAAAAACUAAAAGUUGUACAGUAGUAGUAGUGCCAGAAUCUCCACAAGUAUU